AUGUCAAAUAUAGGUUUACAAGUACGUCAGACUGUUCCUUCUAUAGAUCAUAUAGUAGCAGAAUAUGCUACAGGAUACAUACAGCAUGUAUCGAAGGCUACAGAAGAUAUCGUGUCUGCUCAACAUAUCAACAUAGAUGAAGAGAUGGGUUUCAUCAAAGAACUCUUAAUAAAUGCAGGAGGUGUGGAAACAAAGGUUUCAGGCUUAAUAAAGUCAUUAACAGAACAAUUAUCCACGAAGCUUCAAGAUAACAUGUCCAAGUUGGAAAUUACUGGUGAUACUUCCAAGAGAUUAUUAGAUGUCAACUUAUUACAAUCUAAUUCAAAGAGAGAUAUUAAUACCUCAUUAGCUUUAUUGGGUGCUACUCAUGACAUUGAACAUACCGGUAGAAAGAUGGAAAGUAGAGUUGAUAAGAAGAAAUUAGAAAAACAAGAAAGAAAGAUUGCUAAGAAGGUUGCUAAAAGAAAUAACAAAUUUGUUGAAUAUGAAGCAUCAAAAUUAUUAAACUCAAAGAAGGAAGACGAUUAUGAUUCCUUCUUUCUUGAAAUCAAUCCAUUGGAUUUUGGUUCAAGUGCUGGUAAAUCUAAGGAUAUUAAGUUAGAAAACUUUGAUCUUUAUGUUGGUGAUGGUAAGAGAAUCUUAAGUGAAUCUACAUUAACUUUAGCCUACGGAAGAAGAUAUGGUUUAGUAGGACAGAAUGGUAUUGGUAAAUCUACAUUAUUAAGAGCAUUGUCUAAGAGAGAAUUAAAUGUUCCGAAGCAUAUUACCAUUCUUCAUGUGGAGCAAGAAAUAAGAGGUGAUGAUACCACAGCAAUUCAAAGUGUCUUAGACGCUGAUGUAUGGAGAAAGAGUUUGUUACAAGAAGAACAAAAACUUGGAGAAAGAAUUAGCGAAAUCGAAGCAUUAAGAGCUCAAUUUGAUGAAGAUUCAAAUGAAGUUAAAAAGUUAGACAAUGAAAGAGAGGAUUUAGAUGCUCAUUUACAAGAAGUCAGUGAUAAAUUGUAUGAUAUGGAAUCUGAUAAAGCAGAAAGUAGAGCUGCCGGUAUUUUAUAUGGUUUAGGUUUUACGAAAGAGUCCCAAGGUUAUCCAACUAAACAAUUCUCAGGGGGUUGGAGAAUGAGAUUAUCACUUGCCAGAGCUUUGUUUUGUCAACCUGAUUUGCUUUUACUAGAUGAACCUUCCAAUAUGUUGGAUGUUCCAUCUAUUACAUUCUUAGCUAACUAUUUACAAGGUUAUAAGUCAACUGUCCUUGUGGUAUCGCAUGAUAGAUCAUUCUUAAAUGAUGUUGCGACAGAUAUUAUCCAUCAACAUUCAGAAAGACUUGAUUAUUAUAGGGGAUCUAACUUUGAUUCUUUCUAUGCUACCAAGGAAGAAAGAAUUAAAAAUCAAAGAAGAGAAUAUGAUAAUCAAAUGGCAUACAGAAAGCAUUUACAAGAAUUUAUUGAUAAAUUUAGAUACAAUGCUGCCAAAUCUUCAGAAGCUCAAUCUCGUAUAAAGAAAUUAGAGAAGUUACCUAUGUUAGAAGCUCCAGAAGAUGAAAAAGCAGUAACAUUUAAAUUUCCAGAUCCAGAUAAUGUUUCACCUCCUAUCUUACAAUUACAAAAUGUUACGUUUGGUUACGAACCUACUAAGAUUCUUAUUAAUAAUGUAGAUUUGGAUGUUCAAAUGAAUUCCAGAAUUGCAUUUUGUGGUGGUAAUGGUACUGGUAAGACUACAUUAUUGAAAUUAUUAAUGGGUCAAUUGAGUCCUUUAGAUGGUAUGGUAAGUAAAAAUGGAAGAUUGAGAAUUGGUUAUUUUGCCCAACAUCAUGUUGAUGCCAUGGAUUUGGAACUUUCAGCAGUAACUUGGAUGUCACAAACAUUCCCAGGUAAGACUGAUGAAGAUUACAGACGUCAUUUAGGUUCCUUUGGUAUUACCGGUAGUUUAGGGUUACAAAAGAUGGAAUUAUUAUCAGGGGGUCAAAAAUCUAGGGUAGCAUUUGCUGCAUUAUGUUUAAACCAACCACAUAUCUUAAUUCUAGAUGAACCUUCUAAUCACUUGGAUACUCAAGGUCUUGAUGCCUUAGCUGAGGCUUUAAAUAACUUUGCUGGUGGUAUCUUAAUGGUUUCGCAUGAUGUUACCAUUAUUGAUAGGGUUUGUAAUGAAAUUUGGAUUAGUGAAGACAAUACAGUCAAGCACUUCCCAGGUAAUAUCCAUGAUUAUAAGAAGCAUAUCUUAGCAGCUGCCGAUAUUGCUGGUGUUGUUAGGAAGCAUUAG